UUCAAGUUUUUAGUUUUUAUCUCUCGUCGACCUGGUUCGGCGAAUAGUCAUCGAAUCGAAUGUAGGAGGAGGCUGCUGAAGCGAGAGGAGAACAAAAACAAACGCAGUCAUCGAGGAGACAGAGGCAGAGACAACCCCAGAGAAAGAAGGAAGGGGGGAGAGAGAGAGAGAGAGAGAUUAUGUCAAAUAAGAUUUGUUCGUAAUUGAGUUGUGAGAAGGGCUUGGUGUUGAUAAUCGAGGGGAGACUGUAUAAUUUUCUAUUUCGGUCAUGGAGGUCGAGGUUUCUGGUUCGAAACCUUUGGCUAUUGAAGGCUCUAGAACGAGGGAUAGAGAGCAAACUCGCGUGAAGAGGCAAGCCUUGCAAACUGUGCUCGAUCAAUGUCAGAGAGCUCUUGAAUUGCUGAAGAACGCCGGCGAUGAAGAUAUAGGCGUUGAAUUGGAGGAGGAGACGGAUGAGGAAUCUUCGUCUCAGUGUGGUGAUUCUGAAACGGCUGAGCUAUGUGAUCUUCUGAAAUCUAGACUUGACUCCCCAAACUUCCUUGAAAAGCUGGAAAAUGCCCAAGUUCCACAAAAUAUGGCUGAAGAAGGUAACUCUUGGGAUCUGGUCAGUGAAAAUGAUCUAUGGGAAGGUGGAAAUGUUAAUGGAGAUAUUGAAUUGGAACACGAAGGUUAUGUUCUUGUUAGGCAAGAAGAUAUUGUAGAGGGCAUUGCAUGUUUCAUGGCUGCAUAUUUGUUGUCUCUAAAACAAACUAAAGAUUUGACUCCAAAUCAACUCCAAGAAGCCCUGAGUAAAACAUUCUCUGUGAAAAAGAAAAAGGGGAAGCUUCGAAAGGCAUGGGAUGGAAGCAAAGUUAUUUAUAAUGUAGCAUCUUGGGGUGCAACUGCCAUUGGGAUAUAUCAAAAUCCAGCACUAUUUAGAGCUGCUUCAGUGGCGUUUUGGACCUCCUGCGGUGUUAUAUCAAAGCUUUUCUAAAUUGUAUGGCGCAACUUUGGAGAAAGCCUGAAGUUUACUGUUGUGUUCCAUUAAGUUGUCUAAAAGCUGAAGCUGGGUAACUGCAAAAUUUGUUACGCAUAGCGGUGAUCUGGGUUACAAGUUAAUUUAUUGCCACCAUGUUGUCGUGUCACUGUAUAUAUUUCCAUUUACUAAAUCUUUUCCUUGUUCGGUUAUCAAUUUGGAUCACCCAAUUGUAUUGAGUUGGCUAGAUCUCAGUAUCCAGUCAAUCGUUACUGAUUGUGCUAAGCCAAAUUGACUGGUGUGCUUUGAUGGGAACUGCUCCACAGCAUUGUAUUUAGUAUUUUAUUCUGGCAAUGGUCCAUUACUUCAACACCCUAAUCUAGGGCUUUAUAACCAAACUUUGUGGUUACAUUAGUCCUGUUC